UCUCGAGCUUAGUGAAUUUCACGUGACGACCUGCUUUAAAAGUCCUGCAGGUGUCGGACUCCAAAAUGAGUGCAAGGAAUAUUGCUCGUUUCUGGGAAUGGGGAAGGAAGAUCAUCUGUGUUGGAAGAAACUAUGCAGACCAUGCCAUUGAGCUCAAAAACGCCAUUCCCACCGAACCUGUGCUCUUCCUGAAACCCCCUUCUGCUUACAUCAGGGAAGGGUCUCCCAUUCUGGUUCCCUUCUACUCCAGCAAUCUCCACCAUGAAGUUGAGCUUGGCGUGGUCAUUGGUAAAGGAGGAACUGCUAUUCGCCAAUCUUCAGCCAUGGACCACGUGGCUGGAUAUGUCUUGUGCUUGGACAUGACAGCUCGGGACAUUCAGGAGGAGUGCAAGUCCAAAGGUCAUCCGUGGACCCUGGCCAAAGCGUUCAACACCUCAUGUCCCAUCAGUGACUUUAUUCCCAAGGCGAAGAUCCCAGACCCAGGGAGCAUCAAUCUGUGGUUGAAGGUGAACAACAUAAUGAGACAGAAUGGGAGCACAUCUCAGAUGAUCUUCUCCAUUCCAUACCUCAUAAACUACAUCAGUGAGAUUAUAUCAUUGGAAGAAGGUGAUCUUAUUCUCACCGGGACCCCCAAAGGAGUGUCAAGUGUCCAGGAACAUGAUGAACUUCAGGUUGGGAUUGAUGACAUCAUCACCAUGACUUUCAAAGUUGAUAGACAAAGUUGAUUUUACCCAGAAUUUACAUUCUUGAGUCUGCACAUGCUGGAAAGCACAGUCAUUGCAAAUACUGAGCUCAGGUUUAUUAGCUCAGAAUGCAAAUAUAAUGUAUGACAAGGAAUAACAAAGUUUGUAUGACGACUUUAGAAUCUACAGAAUGGGUGCCAGUGUAUCUAAUGUAUAAAUAAAAGAGUUUAAUGUGGAAAGAGAAUACCUUUUGAGUGGUCCAAUGCAUUAGGUAUCAUGAACAACCAAUUAAAUAUAUAUAUAUAUAUUUAUAUAUGGGGGCCUGGGUAGCUCAGCGAGUAUUGACAAUGACUCCCACCCCUGGAGUUGCGAGUUCGAAUUCAGUGUGUGCUGAGUGACUCCAGCCAGGUCUCCUAAGCAACCAAAUUGGUCCGGUUGCUAGGGAGGGUAGAGUCACAUGGGGUAAGCUCCUCGUAGUUGCGAUUAGGGGUUCUGGCUCUCAAUGCAGCGCUUGGUAAGUGGUAUGUUGAUCGUGGAGAGUAGCUUGAUUCUCCACAUGCUGUGAGUCUCCGCAGUGUCAUGCACAAUGAGCCACGUGAUAGGUUGAGCGGAUUGACAACUGAGACUUGUCCUCUGCCACCCGAAAUGAGGUGGGUAACCAUGUCACCAUGAGGACCUACUAAGUAGUGGAAAUUGGGCAUUCCAAAUUGGGAGAAAAGGGGAUAA